AUGUUAACUAUUUUCUGUAUUUCUGUUCUUGUUGCUUCAUUUAUUGAAGCUAAAACACCACGAACUGAUGUUACAGUCUCAAGUAUAUCGGCUGGUGUCUCAAUGACAUCGCAAUUACAGAUUGCCUUUUCAUCUGAAAUUAGUGACUGUGGGAUUGUUGCUGGUCCUUCCUAUUAUUGCGCUCAAGGCAACACGAUGUCAAACGUUUGGUCAGACCUAAGUAUGAAUGGUUCAGCUACAUCAGCUUCGUUGACAAAUAUUCAAAAUAAAUUGAAAUCAUAUAUUGGAUCUAGCAGUGCUGAUCCAACAUCAAAUGUAAAAGAUGAUUCACUCAAUGAAAAAAUAUAUUCUAAAUUCGGUGCUAGAAUCAAAACGAACUAUAAUCUACCGGCUAAUCAUGUUUUUCCAAUAGAAGAUUUUAAUGGAAAAUGUGAAACACUUAAUUCAGCUAAUUUCAUGAAUGACUGUGAUUUUAACUUGGCUUAUGAUAUGUUAAAUCAUUCAUAUGGUAGCGAUCUUAUUAAACCACCAAGUGGAUCAAUAACAACACUUACUGGAUAA